GCGUGGACUAGGGCCAUACUUCACUGAUCUCACUCUCCUAAUGUGACAAGAACAGCUACAGCUGUUCCCUCAACACCCUUUUUUAUUGCACUUUUAUUACCUCUUCUUUACUUGCUCCCUCACACUAGGGUAUUCAGUCACUUUUUCGGAUAUUUAUAUAUUCACACUUGUUUCUUCAUUUCAGUAGUGUCUCAAAGCUCUAGUACUUCAACAUUGAAGAAGAUGAAGUUCUUCUUUGCUACUCUGCUUCUUUGCUUUUUUCUUUUGAGCUCUUCUUUCUUGGUACCUGUUAUGGCUAAAUCGCUUUUCUGUGCCAAUAAAUGCAAUGAUAGGUGUGCAAGAGCAGGAGUGAAAGAUAGGUGCAUCAAGUAUUGUGAAAUAUGCUGUGCAGAAUGCAAGUGUGUGCCUUCAGGAACUUAUGGUAACAAGCAUGAGUGCCCUUGCUAUAGGGACAAGAAGAAUUCUAAGGGCAAGUCUAAGUGCCCUUAAAUCAUCCAUCCAUUUAUGUUUUAUAAGAACAUGGAAGAAAUGAGAGUUGUCAGUUUGGUUUUACCUUCCAAAUCAUAUGAACUGUUAACUCAAGAAUACUUGAGUGUUAGGUAGAUUAGAUAUGUCCAAUAAUGAGUAAAGAGUCCUGUUAAUUAGUCAGUGGUGUAUUUCUUGUAUUUUUGCUGAUGUUAAUUUAUUAUGGUUUGUGAUUAUCAUAUUUAUUUUCUUUA